AUGAUUCCUUCAGAUAUCACCGCGGCAACUCUACUCGCCAUUCAAAACACCAUUUCGCGAUACUGCAUCGCAUUAGACACCCGUGAUUUCUCCCUGCUCAAGCAAGUCUUCACAGAAGACUUGAGAGCGGAUUACAGUGCCGUAUCGCCGCAAAACAGGGACAUACGGGGAUUAGACUCGCUAAUCGACAAGCUGAUGGUCAUUCUCGAGGGCAAAGUUACUCAACACGCGUUAUCAACUCAGACACUUGAUUUCGUCCCAGCGAACGGCAGAGGGGCAGGCUACGAGUGUCGAGCCGUGACGUACUUCACCGCCAACACGUUUGUCGAUGAGAACAGAACGAAGGAAGGACUGGACCACGUGACAGUGUAUGGCCGAUACGAAGAUCAAUUGGUCGAAUUGUUACCGGGAGAGUGGAGAAUAACCGAGCGGAAAGUUUUGACGUUCGUAAGUAUAUGUAUCACUCGCCCUGUUUAA